AUGACGUUUGAUGCCGCAAGUCUCGCAGCCGGCAUCUGGAGCAUGCCCUGGGCGAGCCUGGACUUCUCGCCGGGCCUCCAACCCGCCUCGGGCUUCACGGCGUCACAGCUCACACCCGCAAGAAACCCGCCGCAACCCUCCACCCAAACCCAGGACCCGCAACACACCGCAAACCCAGCCGCAACGUCUCUCACCGAGAGCAAGUGGUUCCUAGCCCCCUCGACAUGGCGUAUCGAUCACUGGCCCGCACCGGCCCAGGACAGCUACCCGAUCGCCGUGAUGGCCAACUUCAACCGCGGCCUGCAGGCCUGGGUUAAACGGUGGGUGAUGGAGGGCCAUAACCCCUUCAUUCACCGCAGCCUAUACGCCGAGGGUGGUCACUUCCCCCCCUGCAUCCAGGACGCCUUCACCACCGCGUCGGCGUACUACCACAAGACGACCCAGAACGAGGGAUUCAUCUACCGAGUCCUCGACGAGCGCGUGGCGGCUCUCGUGGCCAGCCAGCCCGAGAACGCCGGCAGCUCGCUCUCAGCCCCAAUUCUCGAGACGAGGGACCACCUGGCUCGCGUCCACGCGCUGUACGUAUACACCAUCAUCCGCCUAUACGACGGCUCCAUAAGCCAACGUGCCGCGGCCGAGGACCUCUUUCCCACCCUGGACCUCUGGAGCAGACAACUCUGGGAGUCCGCCCUCCUGGACAUCAACACCCUCUCGCGGAGCUGGCUGCCCGGCCCCUCCAAGUACUGUCCGAGCAACUCUAGUCUUUCAGCCUCCCGAGAAGUGACAUGUUCGACUGCCGCCGCGACAGAGACCAGCGGUGCUCAGGACACGCACCAGAAUGCUUUCGAAAGAGACCACUUGACCUGGACCCUCUGGGUCCUCUCCGAAUCCAUCCGCCGCACCUGGAUCAUCGUCUCCUGCACCAUCGGCGUCUACAAUGCCCUCAAAGGCCGCUGGGGCGAAUGCGCCGGCGGUGCCCAGUUCACCGCCCGCGCCGGUCUGUGGGACGCGAAAUCGGCCCCCCGGUGGGCGGCCAUACGCCGAGAGGACGUCGCCCGGCGGGGCGGCGAUGCUGGUCCCGACGGCGACGGGGAGCAGGACUUUUUCAUACCGUCGAUGCACAGCGAAGGGCUGUUUCGGAGUGCGGCGGCGGCGGAGGUGGACGAGUUUGCGAGGCAUCUGUUCACGUGUAUCUGGGGGCUUGACCGGGUUGAGGACUGGGCUCUGAAGACAUCUUCAAAGGGCAAGGUUGACCUGGAAUAUUGA